AUGCCUGAACAGAGGCAACCCAGAAGGGAGCCAGAGUCUGGCUCUGGCUUCAAGGGCGCUCUUCAAGGCCUAGCGAUAUUCCUCUUCGCGCAAUUUUUUAUCAGUCAAUGGUUCAACAACAAGGAUAAAUCUAGUCUCGAGAGUGCGCCGGGUGCUAUGCCGGCGUUUGCGGAUCGACCUCAACCUAGUGAAGUGGUCGAACCCAGCAUUCUGCCGGAUCUCAUCGCUCCCAUCUGGCCUGCCGACAGCCCAAUUGAUAUCAACAUCUAUGUGACCCCCUCUGUGGUUCCUCCUUCUUUCAAAGUUUCCCCUGAUGCUACACUUGUACUACAAGAGAAGAACUUCACGAUUGGAAACUACAGCGAUGUCAGGGAAAUUGACACGGUCAUCAAUGUCCCCAAGCAGGUCCAGCAGAAUGGAACUCUCUGGGCUCAUUUCUUCUUGGCUCGUACUGGAUAUCAACUAGACCCUUAUGCCAAAGGAUACAGCACUGAUAAUGCCGUUCACUUCCAGCGCCCUCUCAACCAGUUUCUUGCCAAGAAAAAAGUUAGAAAGCUCAAGAAUCUCCUUGCUACUCAAGAGGAAGGACAGGUCGAAGAGGAGGAGGACAAUACCCCGCAAGUCUCGAUUGCUUCGUACUACCACCCAAAUUUCACCGUAUCUCUGGUCCCCGACUCCGGAUCUCAGAAUUUCGGCCAGAUGCACCCGUCUGUUCGCAAGUUUGUGCAACUGGAACGCAGCGGUGCUCGUGAUGCCAGUGGCAAGAAUGGCUGGUAUUACCCAAUCGUAUUUUUGAACACUUUUUGGCAGUUGCGGACCCAUAUGACUGAGCUUAACUCCACUGUUGAGACCGUGCCUUUGCGGAUCACUCUUAACAACAUGGCCAAUUGGAAGUUCAGCCUAAUCUCCAGCGUCGACGAUGGUUCAAAACAGAGUGCUCAGCAGGCUGCUCUUGGUGGCCCUGUUCCAGGUGGCGGUGAUGGUACUGAGUGGGAAAUGGUGAAGGAGAUCCUGUUGGACACUAACAUCUACCUCCUGGGAACAACUGGCGUGGUCACCAUCCUUCACAUGAUCUUCGAGACGCUGGCUUUCAAGAGUGAUAUUUCCCACUGGCGCAAGAAGAAGGACUCUGUCGGCACUUCGGUUCGAACCAUUUUGGCCAAUGUCUUGAUGCAACUUAUAAUCUUCCUUUACCUCAUGGACAAUAACGAGAACACAUCCUGGAUGAUUCUGGCCAGUCAGGGCUUCGGUAUCGUGCUUGAAGCCUGGAAGGUCACCAAGACGGUCGAUGUUCGCCUGCGUCCUCCUCCUGCCGACUCAUUCUUCUCAUUCCUGCCUUAUGUAAUUGUGUUUGAAGACAAGCACAAGCUCACGGAGACCGAAGAGAAGACCAAAGAGUACGAUGCUAUUGCUUUCCGAUACCUGUACAUCGUUGCCGUGCCUCUUCUUCUCGCAUACGCCGCAUACAGCCUCGUCUACAACUCUCACAAGUCUUGGUACUCCUUUAUCAUUGAGACCCUUGUGGGAAGUGUCUACGCAUAUGGAUUCCUCAUGAUGGUCCCAAGUUUGUAUAUCAACUAUCGUUUGAAGUCUGUUGCCCACAUGCCCGGCAAAGCAUUGACCUACAAGUUCUUCAACACCUUUAUUGACGACCUCUUUGCUUUCACUGUGAAGAUGCCUUGGCUGCACCGACUGGCCACUCUUCGUGACGAUGUCAUCUUCUUCAUCUGGGUUUACCAGAGCUGGAAAUACAAGGUUGACUUCAAACGUGUCAACGAAUUUGGCCAGGGAGGUGACAGUGAUGAGGAGAAUGAGAAAGAGGACUCUGAGGAGAAGCCUAUCCCUGUUGUUGAAUCUGAACAGCAGGACACCGCCACUCAAUCUUCGUCCAAGGUCACCUCCAAGUCGACCCGCAAGAGAAAAUGA